GGAACAUGGCGGCUGCCUUGGAAAAUGAAUUGGAAGUAGAUAACGAAGAUUAUUAUUCUCUGCUCAAUGUCAGAAGAGAGGCUACUCAAGAAGAGCUAAAGUCUUCGUACAGGCGUCUUUGUAUGCUUUACCACCCUGACAAGCACAGAGACCCUGAACUAAAGAGACAGGCAGAGCAACUCUUCACAUAUGUCCACCAGGCAUAUGAGGUUCUCAGUGACCCUCAAUCCCGAGCCAUAUAUGACAUAUUUGGGAAGAAAGGCCUGGAUGUGGAAGGUUGGGAGGUGGUGGAGAGAAAGCGAACCCCUGCAGAGAUCAGGGAGGAAUAUGAACGUUUGCAGAGGGAAAGAGAUGAGAGGAGACUCCAGCAGAGAACAAACCCUAAGGGGACAAUAAGCGUUGGCAUAGAUGCGACGGACCUCUUUGAUCGAUAUGAGGAGGACUUUGAGGAAGUUCCCGGAGGUGGUUUUCCACAUAUUGAGAUCAACAGGAUGCACAUUUCCCAAUCCAUUGAGGCGCCAUUAACCACUUCAGAUACUGCUGUCCUCUCUGGAUCCCUGUCUACACAUAAUGGCAAUGGUGGAGGAAAUAUAAACCUUUGUGUUCGGCGUGUGACCUCAGCAAGGGGUUGGGGAGAGAUGGAGUUCGGUGCAGGGGAUGUUAGAGGACCUUUAUUCGGGAUGAAAGUAUUCAGGAAUGUCACUGCACGCUGCUUCGUGACUGCCCAAUGGGGAUUGCAGUUCUCCUCGCGUGGCGUUCGGCCCAGUGCCAGUACAAUGAUGGCUCGUCACCUGGACCAGAACACUAUGGGCUACCUGCAGUGGCGCUGGGGAAGCCAGUCUGCCAUGACCACCAGCAUCGUCAGAGACACCAAAACAAGCCACUUCACAUUGGCCCUACAGCUGGGCGUUCCUCACUCCUAUCUAAUGAUGAGCUACCAGUACAAGUUCCAGGAUGAAGACCAGACCAAGGUCAAAGGUUCCAUCAAGACGGGCUUCUUUGGCACCGUGGUUGAAUAUGGUGCAGAGCGUAAGAUCAGUCGCCACAGUGUUCUUGCUGCAACCGUCAGCAUCGGUGUUCCCCAAGGAGUUUCCCUCAAAAUCAGGUUAAACAGAGCCAGUCAAACCUACCUCUUCCCUAUUCACCUGACCGACCAGAUUUUACCCAGCGCUGUGUUUUAUGCCACUGUGGGCCCACUGGCCAUCUACUUAGCUGUCCAGAAGCUUAUUAUUAUGCCUUAUGUACGAGCCCAGAAGGAACAGGAGUUGGAGAAACAGAAGGAAGAUUCUGCUUCAGAAAUUGCUCGCAGGAAGCAAGAGGCUGAAGCUGCUGUUUUGCUGAUGCAAGAGUCGGUGAAGAGAAUCAUUGAUGCCGAGGAAUCUAAAAUGGGUCUCCUCAUUCUAAAUGCGUGGUAUGGUAAAUUUGUGUCAGACAAUAGUCAGAAACGUGAAAGAGCGAAGGUCAUUGAUGUGACGGUCCCGCUUCAGUGUUUAGUGAAAGACUCUAAACUCAUGCUUACCGAGGCUUCAAAGGCUGGCUUGCCGGGGUUUUAUGACCCUUGUGUUGGAGAGGAAAAAAGUCUAAAGCUGCUGUACCAGUUCAGAGGUGCCAUGCACCAAGUAUUGUCUGGAGACACAGAUCCUCUUAGGAUACCUAAACAAUCUCAUCGAAUUGAUUCAGAAACAUAAGGAUCUUCCACACAUUGGAAGAAGGCACAGAUGAACUCAAUGGACAUCAAAGGAACAUAAAGGGACAGUCAGGCAUCAUGUGAUCAGAAGGGCUGCUCCUCUUCAUUUCCUGUAGUAUCACCUUUGUGUUGUCUGUUUAUGUCAAAUCCCUUUACAUACAUCGUUAACUGGUCAAACAGGUCUUAAUGUCUCCUUAAAGCCCUGCUCACACUGUGCGAUUUCAGACACGAUUUGGUCAUCUGGGACAAAUUUGGGAAAAUCCUAAAGAAUAACUGUAAUCCUAGGCUAAAAUCUGGGGUCUUUGAUUGUUGGUUUGACAUGUUCACCAAAAGCCACAUUAAGGUAGUUGCGAUCAAAUUUCACCUCCGAUAAAGCUCUGGCUGAUUCGGAAAAUGUCCUGCAAGUGUGACUUUAUCUACAACAAGCGUCAAAUCAUCAACUAAAAUAAAUGCAAUAUCUGAUCAUGUAACUGGCAUGACAACUUCAA